AGGUACAUAAAGUGUACUGUUAAAUGUAUUUAUAGUUUAUUAGAAUUUCCACAAAGUUAUUUGUUGACAUAUACCUGAUAUUACUGCCUAAGUGAAGUUGAGUGUCUUUUCCUUUAAUUGAUGUGAUGUCAUGAGUUAAUAUAAUUUCCUGUUCUGUCUCCUCCUCUUCCUCUUUGCACUGGUGAUUCAGUGAGAGAGCUAGAGAGGGCGCUUCUCACUAAGAGGCUGAUUAUGUUUCAUUUGUCUAUCAGUUGUCUAUCAGAGUAAACCAGUGAAAUCGCCGCCUGUGGUCCAGUGUCUUAUUUAUCUACACAACGCAGACAAGACAAGUAUAACUGGUGUCGCGAGCCACCGGUUACACGUGGUGCCGUGAACCUUCGGAUUUCGCAAGAUCGGUUGAUUGCUGAUCGCCGGAGUUGCUGCUUCAUCAGACGGCGGUGUGCUGUGGUGAAUUACUGGAGGAUCGAGUGUCUCGCUGAUCGCGGAGGCCGCAGCUCGUUUCAUCUCGCUUUCAGCGCUCGUCUCUGCUGCUCAUAUCACGUAUUGAACGCUUGCUUUUUAUGAGGUAUGAUGAAAAACUGUUUUGGUUUCUAUUAAUGACUUGCGCAGUAGAUGCGCUUUGAAGUGUUGAUUUUUGAAAAAAAUUUUGCACUGCUGCACGGACUUAAAUGACGGGAUGUUUUUGUGAUCAUCACAUGAGGAACUUUGUUUCGUUUUUCGCCGUGCAACGCUGUACUGGACUAUUCUUUGCGCUGCUGCACGCUCAUGAACAGUUUUGUGAUCGUCAUCGUCACAUAAUUUUUUUUUUUUUUUCUCCUCCGUGAAUUGUCACACUGAACUGUUUUGAGAGUCUAAAUUAGUAUUUCUGCAAAGUGCUUUUAUCUGAAUACUAGUUAAGUGACUUGUUUAUAUUUCCAUUUUUUUUUUUCUGAAACAAGUUAUUACAUUUUCUUUUUGUGUUUUCUAUUCAAACUGAGUCAUGUUUGAGGACACUGUCAGUCAGGAUAAUUUUAGCCCUGUACAACAGCCUAGUGUCACGUUCCCAGUAGGCAGAGGUAUUGGGGCUGUACUUAACCGUCCUGACAAUAUGUCUGGAGUUUCACCUCAAUGUUUUGGAAGGGGGAGGGCACUCUUUAAUUCAGAAAUUGACCGUGGGCAUGCAUCUGAUUCAGCUAUUGGUUCUUCAGGAAGCCCAGCUGCUUGCUCUACUCCUUUUUCACGUCCAAAUGUUGAUCACAUCAUUACCCCUGAGUCUCUAGGAGGUAUUAUUUCUGAUUUGGCACAGAAAAUUGGUGAGAGUAUUUCAGCCAGUCUGAAUUUAACACAACAUCCCAGCCCAGUGCAGCCCAAGUCAAAUGUCCAGCACUCAAGCGAUUGUGUUGAUGCUUCUAAUUUGAACAUCAUUGUCCAACACGAUGUUAAACCCCCACCAUUAUUUAGAGGUGACCAGAGUGAUUCAUUUACUGUGCAUGAAUGGGAAGACAUGAUGUACAGUUAUAUGAACAGAAAGAAAUGCACUGAUGAAACUGCCUCUGAUCUAAUCCUGAGCAGGUUAGCUGGAAAAGCGAGGGAUGUAGUGAAAGUGUCCUUACGCAGCUUCCCAGGACCGACUGCUGCAGUGCUCCCCACCACAGUGUUUGACAUACUGAAGCGAAAUUUCAGUGAGUUGAUGUAUUCAAACAUGCCUAUGGCUGAUUUUUAUAACACUCUACCCAGGGCAGACGAGAGCCCAAUGGACUACUGGAUCAGACUGAACAAGGCGAUUGAUGUGGCUGAUGAGUGCUUGCGAAGGCGCAACAAGUCUGUUGAGGAUCCUGUUACUGAAGCUGUUAUGAUGUUUAUCUCACACUGUCCAGAUCCUGGUCUUGCUUUGUCUUUUCAGUUCAAGCCUGCUGAACAGUGGAGUGCUGCUGAAGUUCAAGAGCGACUGGAUAGUCAUCACAGGAACCUGAAGAGAGCUUUUGCCAGACCUGCACGCUCAUUGCCUGUGUCAGCUUGCCAUCAGAACACUGUGACUGUCUGUGACGAUCCUGUACCCAGCCCUUUCAAACAGCCUGAACUCUCCUUAAGCCAGAUGUCAAGUUUAACUGGUCAGCUGAACCCCAACGCUGCUCCUUUUACUCCUGAUGGUAGUAUGCAACAGUUGGUUGGCAUGAUGGAUAAAGUUUUAUCUCUCUGCACUGCCUCACUGUCCUCGUCCAACCCAAACUGUCCUGGCAGAACCUCAGACCUCAAGCCAAGUUUGAGCCCAGCAUGUAGAGUAUGUCGAUCUAAAGAGCACACUACACAUACUCAUUGUAUGCGCCAGAGGCUUUGUCGUAACUGCUUUAAACCUGGACACUUUAAGAGCAAUUGUCCUAAGACGACGGGCCUUGAGCUUCCUUCUCCUGACACCCAGUUAAACUAAGUAGCCCAUGUGCAGAGGGGGAUAGCAUGGGCGGUGGCGUAUUUCCCCUAAAAGAUGAG